GGAGUCCAGAAAGAUGAGCCGUCGCUACAGAAACUCCGAAACAUGCGCGCAACAGUUUGAGUAGUUUAAAGAAAGAUUUUAGCAGAUAAGGCUACUAUUUUCAUUUUAAAACAAAAAUCAAGUGCGGGAUACAUUGGCGCUUUCUGAUCUUUAGCCUGCACUGAUCAUUUGUAUUGUGUGAUUCCAGGUGUACCUUUAUGGUUCAACGGACUAAGUAAGUACUUUCCCCAACAAGAUUUCUCGCGGGAGUAGCCGUCGUUGGUGUUACCGUGACGAGGACUCAUUGUAAUUUAGGCAGUCGAGUUUCACCUGAGCUAGUUUCGAUCAGGUGCCGUGGUGUCGGAUUUCCAAAUAUUCGGUGUGGUUAAUAUUAUUUUGUUUUUGGUACGAUCAGCACACUUCGGAUCGUCAAAAGAACAAGAAGACUUAGGGGUUUCCACAUGGACGAAGAUUGGGUCAGUUUCAGUGGUGCGUGAACAGGUGCCGCAGGCUGGAAUCAAACGAUCACAUUAAGUCUUAGGUACUUUCAGAACACAACUUCCCUGCUUUGUUUGUUUGGAACCGCCGGCAGAAAUGAUCUACGAAGUUUAAACUUUAGAAGUAAUAGUGCCGAUGUAAAAACAGGAUCGACAGAACAGUAUUCCGAGUAGAAACGGGAAUUGCUGGACACACUGAGCAAGUCCAGCAACAUCUUGGGGAGAAAAGGACCAGAGCUAUUUCAACAGAAGAUGGCCAAUCCAGCAAACUACCCUGAAAACAGAGCUGCAAAAGAUUUGCCUGAACGAGAUAGUCGUAAGAAGGAGCACUACCAUAAUGAUCAACAUGAUAAGAAUCAUUCCCGUCCUCACAAAAGUCAGGACGAUGGCAGCAGAAACACCAGAGGAAGGGACUACUCGAAACAAAACAGGGAUCCAGAAAGAGAUGCGAGGAGGGAAAUGUAUGAAGGGAAGAGAUCUCGAGUUAGAGAUCCCCACCACCAUGGACAUCGUGUGAGGAAUGAUGAACACAGAACGGAAAGGGAAUAUCAUAAAGGGGAGAAUCGAGACCAUCACUACAAACGUGAAAGAGAACAUCAUUCACAAAUGUAUGAAAACUCAUCACAUAGCAAACACCAGCCAAAUUACAGACAUGAAAAAGAAAUCCCACUCCCAGAUGAUGGCCAAGUCUACAGACAUAAAAACCAUACUGAAACUGUAUCACCUGAAUAUAUCAUAUCUGAAGACAAAAGAUCUGAGAUGCAUUACUUCAAUCAUGACAAUUCAGAAGGAAUACUAAAUUGUUACAAGUGUCGUUAUCUCUGCACAAAUCGAGGUCUCUGUCAAUUGGUGGAGGUGUUGCUGAAUCUGUUAAUUCUGGUGUGUGGGGCAAUCUCCUACAGUGGCACUGGGGGCUACACAGAUCUCUCCAGCCUAGGAAGCCUCUACUACUACACAUUUGGAUCAGCCUAUAGUGGAUUUCAAGGAGCGGAGGCUGAAAAAGUAAAAGAACUGGAUGUUGCAUUUUAUCAGCUAAAGCUGCCCACAGUUGUUGCCACCAUGGCAUACAGUGGAGCUUUGAUGUCUUUGGCAUGCCUUUUGUUAGUUUUAGGCCUAGCUCGGAUACCUUGGAAAUUUCCUUUCUUAAUGAUUAUUGAAUGUGUUUUAGAUAUAGCAAUAGCAUUUGGUUAUAUACCCGCAGUUUAUUUUUAUUUCCAACACCUGAAUGAGAGCUACAAUUCACAAGUGUGUAAAGAGAGAGAGGCCAAGUACAAAAGUAAGGGGUACGAAGGGUUUAACUGCAGUCUGCAUGGUGCAGAUAUUGUCGGUGGUCUUUGUGGCUGCCUGGCUAUCAUUGUAUAUCUGCUUAAUGCAGUUGCAGCGAUCUUGGGAUUUAGAAAAGUUAGAAGAUUAAAGGGGUCCAGAGAAAGUGAUUAUGUGGAAGGGAUUAAUGUAUAAAGGUUCAGAUCAUGUCAGCAUAUACACAGGAUUUUUACACGUCAAUAAGGAAGUCACUGUUUGUGAGACAUCACGAGAAGCUGAACGGAAGCACAUUUUGUCUUACUGCAGUUAAUUGGUUUGUCCUGUCAAACAGGACCAUAUUCCUCUUCCUCCUUAUCUCAACAGAUAGUUUCAGUGGGCAUUAAUAUAGAAAGAAAUAUUAAUCCCACCAUCCCAACUUUGCACAGAUAAAUGUUCAACAUCUGAUUAGACUUAAAAUAUUGUUUUGAAAAUUAAGAUUUAAAGGGAGAUAUAAACAAAUGCAAUAUUAGAUUGCUCCUAAAAUUUGUUUCCUUUUGAUAAGUGCUAUACAGUUAGAUGAGUUAUAGAUAUGGAACUAUUUUAAAUCUCGUAUUAGAUCUGCUUAUCAGCUCCAUAUUUUUGCCUAACCAGUCCAAAAGGGAAAGUGGAUACCUUUCUUCUUAAAUAAGAGGAAAUGCUGUGAUGCUUUCAUAGGUUUUGUGCAUUUUCAAUUCAUCUCCAGUGUUUGAAGAACAUAUUCCUAAACAGUGGGAUCAAAGUCUCUAGAUAAUUGUAAGAACAAUAGUGAUUUAAAUGAUAUUGUGAUAUUGAACAUUGAGUACAAGUGUCUAUAAUUUAGCAUUAAACCAUUAAAAGAUGGGUGGUGAUAAGAAAUGGAACUGUUUUCUAAUCUGAAAUUGAACUUAAAGAUAUUGUGAGAACAGAAUUAAAAUUCCUCAAACUUAUCGCAGUGUACAUAAUGCUGGUCCAACAAAAAUGAAAAGUGUGUUCCAUCCUGCAGUCCUUGGUCUCCUCACUCACAAGAGUUUAAAUAUCCCAAGUUCAGAAUAUUAAUCACAAUUCUAAACAAAUACAGAAUGGAAUCAAGACUUCAUUGGAAUUACUUCAUGUAAUCUGGUUACUGAACUUAUCUCAUGAUUAUUUACAUUAUGCAUUUAGUUUUAAUAUGCUUUGUUUUUUUAAAGAUUCCUUUGUACAUAAUGGAUAAAAAAUCGUGAAUUUGUAAGUUUUCUCGCUAUAAUUUAACCAUGUAUUUCUGAAAAGUAUUUUAUUCAUAUUAAUCUGGGUGACUGAAUAUAUUGUUUUUAAUAUUAUUAAAGUACACACUAAUGUC